GCUGCCACCUCAUUCACUGUGUUCUCUGCCACACUGAUAACCGCUGUUGCUCCCCCAGACCCUACUGGUGGCGGCAGCGUCUCUGUCCGUGUCACUGGUCCUGGUGGUAUUAGUGGUGCUGGCAGUAACUAUACCUAUAUAGCUGCUCCCGUCGUCAGCCUGGUGAGCCCCACUAGCGGCCCUGCUGCCGGCGGAAAUACUGUAUCCAUCUUCGGUUCUGGUUUCACAAACGCCACGGCUGUGGCUUUCGGCUCACUUGCUGCCACCUCAUUCACUGUCGUCUUAGCCUCAUUGAUAACUGCUGUUGCUCCCCAAGGCCCUAGUGGUGGCGGUAGCGUCUCUGUCCAUGUCACCGGACCUGGUGGUACUAGUACCAGUGGCCCUACCUAUACCUAUAUAGCUGCUCCCGUCGUUAGCAGUGUGAACCCAGCCAGCGGCCCUGCUGCCGGCGGAAAUACUGUAUCCAUCAUCGGCUCUGGUUUCACAAACGCCACGGCUGUGGCUUUCGACUCAGUUGCUGCCACCUCAUUCACUGUGGUCUCUGCCACACUGAUAACUGCUAUUGCUCCCCCGGGCCCUACUGGUGGCGGUAGCGUCUCUGUCCGUGUCACCGGACCUAGUGGUACUAGUACCAGUGGCCCUACCUAUACCUAUAUAGCUGCUCCCGUCGUUAGCAGUGUGAACCCAACCAGCGGCCCUGCUGCCGGCGGAAAUACUGUAUCCAUCAUCGGCUCUGGUUUCACAAACGCCACGGCUGUGGCUUUCGGCUCAGUUGCUGCCACCUCAUUCACUGUGGUCUCUGCCACACUGAUAACCGCUGUUGCUCCCCCGGGCCCUACUGGUGGCGGCAGCGUCUCUGUCCGUGUCACUGGUCCUGGUGGUAUUAGUGGUACUGGCAGUAACUAUACCUAUAUAGCUGCUCCCAUGCCCACCAUCACAGCGCUUACCCCGGAGUCCGGCCCGGUAUCAGGUGGGAAUACUGUCACCAUCAUGGGAGCAAACCUCAAUGGUGCCACAUCAGUUACAUUUGCUGGUACACCAGCCGAUUUUUUCACCAUCUUGUCACCGACUCAAGUGAAUGCUCUGGCUCCACUAGGUACUGCUGGGACUGCCUCUGUAGUAGUCACAACGCCUGCUGGUGCCAGUACAGGAUUCAAUUACACUUACAUUACUGCACCUACACUUACAGCAGCUUUUCCAACUGCAGGUGUUACGGCUGGCGGCGAUAGUGUCGUCAUCACUGGGAAUGGCCUUACAGGCGCCACCAGUGUGAAUUUUGGAACCACUCCUGCGAAUAGCUUUACAGUGGUCGGUGAUACUGAAAUAGAUGCUAUCACACCUUUGCACACUAUUGGUACAGUUCCAAUAAAUAUUACCACACCAGGCGGCACAAACAACUCGCUUAGCUUCAGCUUCAUGCCGUCUCCAGUUAUUAGUUCUAUCACUCCAACUUCCGGACCGAUUGGCGGGGACACUGUUGUGACCAUCAACGGGGCAGGCUUGAUCAAUACCCUUGAUGUAUUCUUUGGGACAACUGCAGCAACCGCCUUUACCGUUAUCUCUGACAAUACGGUAACUGCAACCUCCCCUGCUGGCGCAGCAGGGGCUACUGCUCUAAGAGUUAACACCGCUUCUGCCACCAGCAAUGGCGCCAUAUUCCAAUAUGUUGGCGCACCGACCCUUACAAGCUUGUCGCCUACUGGCGGAGCCAUCGCGGGCGGCAAUAAUGUGACUCUUACUGGAACUGGCUUCACGAAAGCCACUGAUGUGAUCUUUGGAGAUAACCCAGCUAUGUUCACUAUUCUCAGUGAUAACUUCAUCAGUGCAGUUGCACCUUCCGGGAUUGGACCCGUUGCAGUUACUACUGUGAGCCCCGGGGGCACUAGUGGUGCUCAGAUGUACACUUACUUUUAA